AUGGGUUCCAGCAACAGGAAAAAGAAGGAGAAGCUCAAGGACUUCCAAAAGCCAAAACUAAAGGUCGGAAAAACCAAGCCCAAGGCUGCAAACUUCACAAACACAUCCUUCAAGUCAAAAGCAAUUGUCGUCGCAACCCAAUCGCUCCACACCUCCGCCCCCAGCGUUUCCUAUCUCUUUACCCAUCACCUCAUCCUCCUAAAGCACCACUCCUCCACCACUCGCCGCGAAUCCCUCUCCUACCUCACCACACACCUCCCCAACGCCCUCGCCUACGCCUCCUCCACAACCUCCACCUCCAGCAAUGGCGUGCCGCCCAUGUCCACCAUCAUCAGCGCCCUCACACCCCUCAUGCUCGACACAUCGCAGCUCGUACGGACGCACCUCCUCGCCCUGUUCAAGCUCCUCCCAACGUCCCAGGUCGCAAUGUACAUCCCCAAGAUCCUGCUCUUCGUAAAUUCAGCCACAACACACAUCACCGAGGAGAUUCGAGCAGACUCGACAAAGUUCCUGCAGUGGGCUAUUGGCGUCGACCCAGAGGGCGCGUUCGGUGGCGGCGGAUGGGGCGCGAGCUUGAGGGGUAUUGCAGGGUGUCUGGGCUGGAAUGGGGCAGGCGUGAAGGCAGUCGUGCCGAAGGGGAAGGAGACGAAGGUGGUGAUGGCGCACUUGGAAGUGCUGAAAUAUGUUCUGGAGAAGGGACUGGAGAGUGCGGAUGAGGAGGAGGAGACGGAGGGGGUGAGGGGUAUUUGGGGGGAUGCUGAGGUGUAUCGGCUCCCGGAUAGGUCGAAUGUGUAUGCGUAUUUGAACCUGUUUGGGGCGCCGCCGGUAAGUAGUGGGGGUGGGGAGUUGGCGACGGGGGAGCCGGAGGAUGUGGAUGCGAGGAGGAGGUAUCUGACGGAUGGGCAGGGGAAGAGCGUUUUGGCGCUCUUGAGCAUGGGGCUAGCGAGUCUAAAGAAGGAUGGUGGGGAAGUGGGGCGGACGGCGGGUAAGGUGCUGUCGUAUCUGUUGGAGAUGGUGGAGGAUAGAGCUGUAGAAUAG